AUGGAAAAACAACUACCAAGCGGUGCCGGGCAAAGUCUCGAUCGAUUCUGCCGCCAAUAUCUACAGGUCCAAACCGACCUUGAUUACCCGGCUGCCCAAUACCUUCGAGAUGAUGCCUUCCAGCAAGCCUUGUGUGCCAGGCUUGCCAACGAGGGCGCCAUAGCCGUCCAGCAUCCGCCGCCCCGAAGAUACCAAGCCAGAGUAUUGAAAGAGCUCGUCAAAAGAAUAGAGCAAUCUAUCCAAAAUUGGGAAGACGAAGGCGUUUCUGAUGAUCUCGUAAACUACCUCGCGUCUCUUCUUGCAUCUUCUCUGCCCUCAGAAGCUACAUCCGCGCAACAGAAGGCACACGUGACAUACACUCUCUCUUAUCUCUCUAACUUCGCUGAGAGCACUCCCACCAUCACCCUCUUAGAAUCGCAGAGCAUCAUUGCCGGCUCAGGCACCACCGGUCUCCGAACCUGGGAUGCGGCCCUCCAUCUAGGCAACUACCUUUGCAAUACAAAGGGCCUCGUGGAAGGGAAAUCCAUCCUGGAACUAGGCGCGGGGACGGGGUGGCUCUCUAUCCUCUGCGCGAAGCAUCUCCACGCCUCUUAUGUCCUCGCAACAGAUGGUUCGGAAGAUGUAGUCGAGAGCCUCGAGACGAAUAUCUACCUCAACGGCUUGCGAGAAACAGCUAUUUCAGCGAGGGAUCUCAAGUGGGGUCAGGCUCUUGUGGGCGCCGAGCAGGCUGAGUGGAACAGGGGACGCAAAAUCGAUUUAGUUCUCGGAGCGGACUUAGCGUAUUAUGAAAGCGGAAUUCCUGCCUUGGUGGCUACUAUUAUGGACCUUUCUGAGCUGUUUCCCGAUGUGAAGAUCAUUAUUUCUGCUAUUGUCAGAAACCCGAAAACGUUCGAGUCGUUUGUAGAAAAGUGCAGGAAUAAUGGGUAUAUUAUUGAGGAGUUAGGAUUUGAGAUUAUGGAGCCAGCGUUGCAGCAAGGCCCAUUUUAUUCAGAUCAGGUGCCUAUUAAAUUGUGUCAUAUUAUGAAACGUUGA